GAAAUUGAAGCUUUUAGAUUCUUUCUGAUGAGCAAAGGGCUGUCAGUCUUCCCCAGUCCAAAAGAACAUCGAUAAUGAUAAAGAAAUCUAUUCUGUUCUUCGCGUGUGCUCUUAUCCUGUUUCUUGUAUCAGAGUCUUCAUCUGCUCCCAAGAAUAAAUUAAUGGCAAGAAACUGGGGGCCUCAAUCAAUGUUAUAUCUCAAGGGAAGACAUGGUCGAAGAUUUGCAUCAGAUUAUGAGGAAGAUUAUCAGAAGCAGAUUUUGAACUUCUGGGAUGCAAUUUUUAAAUAUUCUACCCAUUCCCAUUAAUAAGCCAGACUUUCUCACUCUUCAAGCUCACAUAUACAUGCGCAUCUGGAAGGGCUAUGAAAAUUCAUUGCCAAGGAAAUUAAUAAACUUCAGGAGAAG